AUGUCGGCGAACUAUUCGGCACGGUGCGAGCCUGGUCUGGUGGUGCCAGUAUGGAGACCGCAGGAGAAUCUCUAUCUCUCGGAGGUGGUCUUCCGUGGUAUCGUUUACUUCCUCUUGCUCCUCUAUUUGUUCAUCGGCGUGUCGAUAAUCAGCGAUCGUUUCAUGGCGGCGAUCGAGGUGAUCACGUCGAAAGAGAAGGAGCUGGUUGUCCGCCGAGAGGGCAAAGAGCCGCAAAUCGUGAUUGUGCGUGUGUGGAACGAAACGGUGGCGAACUUGACGCUGAUGGCGCUGGGCAGCAGCGCGCCUGAGAUCCUACUGUCGAUCAUCGAGAUCUGGGCGAAGAACUUCCAAGCUGGAGAGUUAGGACCCGGUACCAUAGUGGGCUCAGCUGCUUACAAUCUAUUCGUGAUCAUCUCGUUGUGCGUGUUCGUGAUACCGAGAGGCGAGACGAGGAAGAUCAAGCAUCUCAGGGUAUUCUUCGUCACGGCAACGUGGAGCAUCUUCGCAUACGUAUGGCUCUACGUGAUCCUCGAGGUGUCCAGUCCAGGUGUUUUAGAAGUUUGGGAGGGUAUACUGACCUUCUCCUUCUUCCCAGCCACCGUGCUCACCGCUUACGUCGCCGACAGACGUUUGCUGAUCUACAAGUAUCUGCACAAAGGGUACAGAAUGAACAAGAGAGGCGUGAUCGUUCAGGCAGAGGCCGGUGACUCGGACGGCGGGGUGGAGCUUGAGAUCAAGCCGCAGCAGGACAGCUUGCACAAUAUGAUCGACGCGGACACGCCUGAAGCGAAGGAGUUCGAGCAGACUAGAAGGGAUUACAUCAACACGCUCAGAGAAUUGAGAAAGAAGUAUCCUACGUUGCCGUUGGAACAGCUCGAGGUGAUGGCACACGAGGAGGUGCUUGGCAAAGGGCCGAAGAGCAGAGCUUUCUAUCGUGUUCAGGCUACGAGGAAGAUGGUAGGCGCGGGAAACUUGAGCAAGAAGAUCAGCGAAAGGGCGCAGAGCGAUUUGAGCGAGGUGAAGGCCGAACUGCAGAGACAGGAGGCCGAGAGCGUUGACAUCGACAACGUGAACGCCAUGAGGAUCUUCUUCGAGCCUGGCCACUACACCGUUAUGGAGAACGUCGGUACUUUCGAGGUGGGAGUGACCAGAGCUGGCGGUGAUCUUAGUAAACCAUGCUCCGUUGAUUACUGCACCGAGGACGGCUCCGCCGAGGCUGGCUCCGACUACAUCAGCGCGAAAGGCACGCUAACCUUCGAUCCAGGGGAGACCAAGAAGACCAUCAAGCUCUCGGUUAUCGACGACGAGCUCUUCGAGGAGGACGAGCACUUCUACGUCAGACUGAGCAACGCGUCGCAGCCAGCUAUGCUCGUGUCACCGAGCCUAGCGACCGUGAUGAUCCUCGACGACGAUCACAGCGGCGUGUUCGGCUUCCCUGAAAGGGACAUCGAGCUUGUGGAGAGCGUAGGACAGCAUCCUCUGCGUGUGGUGAGAUACAGCGGCGCCAGGGGACGAGUGGUCAUCCCCUAUCGCACCAUCGAGGGCACCGCCAAGCCUGGCAAGCAGUAUCAGCACAUCGAGGGCUCGCUCACCUUCGAGGACAAUCAGACAGAGAAAGUGAUCACGCUGUCGAUCGUUGAGGAAGACUCGUACGAGAAGGACGCGCUGUUCUACGUGGAGCUGGGUGAGCCGCUGUUGCAAGGAGGUGAACGUGAUUUUUUUCCAGCCGAGGCAGGGAUUGCAGUCGCGGCGGAAAUGAAGACGCCUGAGGAACGUACCGCCGAGGAGAAAAUGGCGCUCCUCGGGAAACCGAAGUUGGGAGAGGUGUCCAGAGCGCAGAUACGGAUCAAAGAGUCGAAGGAGUUCAAGAACACCGUGGAUAAACUGGUGCAGAGGGCAAACGCCUCUAUUCUACUCGGUGACAGUCGAGUUAACGUAAAGUCCGGCACCAGUUCCUGGAAGGAACAGUUCACGGAGGCAUUAACCGUGAGCGGAGGAGACGAGGACGAGGGCGAGGGCGGCGGAGAGGCGGCAGCGCCGUCCACCAUGGACUAUCUGAUGCACGGAGUGACGAUAUUCUGGAAGGUGUUGUUCGCGUUCGUUCCGCCUACGGAUAUCGCCGGUGGUUACCUGUGCUUUGUCGUGAGCAUAUUCGGGAUCGGUGUGGUGACGGCGGUGAUCGGGGACAUCGCAUCCUACUUCGGCUGCACUCUGGGAAUCAAGGAUUCCGUUACCGCGGUGGUUUUCGUCGCACUAGGCACCAGCAUUCCCGACACGUUCGCGAGCAAGGUGGCCGCCUGCCAGGACAAGUACGCCGACGCGAGUGUGGGCAACGUGACCGGAAGUAACGCGGUGAACGUCUUCCUGGGGAUCGGCAUCGCGUGGAGCAUCGCCGCCGUUUACCAUGCCUGCCGCGGUGAACAGUUUUUAGUGGAGCCUGGCAACUUGGCCUUCUGCGUGACGUUAUUCUGCACGGAAGCCUGUCUGGUGAUCUUGGUUUUGCUACUGAGGCGGACGAAGAGCAUCGGCGGCGAAUUAGGCGGCCCUUUCGUGCCGAAACUGGUCACAUCGCUGAUCCUUUUUUUCCUCUGGGUGUUCUACCUCAUUAUGUCGAUCCUCGAGGCCUACGGCUAUAUCGAGGGCUUCUAAGGGAGUCCGCUCGACGGCAAACGUCGGCCUACACCCGCUGCGCGUAUCUUAUACUCUCUUACGUCCGCCAA